UCAAGCAUGGAGGACAAAAGUCACACAGCGGGGACCUUCCAGGUUGGGGACUAUGUGGUGUUCGCCUCUCUGUUCGUGGUCUCCUCUGGUAUCGGGGUUUUCUUCGCUAUCAAAGAGAGGAAGAAAGCUUUGUCUAAAGAGUUUCUGGUUGGGGGCCGUGAGAUGUCCUGCGGGCCGGUGGCCCUUUCUCUCACCGCCAGCUUCAUGUCUGCGGUCACAGUGAUCGGGGCCCCGUCAGAUGUGUACAGAUACGGGGCCUCUUAUGUCAUCUUUGGGAUUGCCUACACGUUUGUGGUGUUUUUUACCGCUGAGCUCUUCCUGCCUGUGUUUUACAGAUCAGGCAUCACCAGUACAUACGAGUAUUUGGAGUUGCGGUUUUGUAAGCUUGUUCGAGUUGCAGCCACACUAAUUUAUAUCAUUCAGACGAUUCUGUACACUGCUGUGGUAGUUUAUGCUCCCGCUUUAGCUCUCAAUCAAGUGACAGGAUUCGAUCUUUGGGGAUCCAUAUUUGCCACUGGCAUUGUCUGCACUUUUUACUGUACAUUGGGUGGGCUGAAGGCUGUCGUCUGGACAGAUGCCUUCCAGAUGGUGGUGAUGGUGGUGGGGUUUCUCACGGUGCUGAUCCAGGGUGCGAGUCGAGCGGGAGGGAUCGAGUCUGCCUGGAGCACAGCUCGCUCUGGAGGCAGAAUGGAUGUCUUUGACUUUGACAUUAGUCCACUGAGGCGACACACGUUCUGGACGCUCACUGUAGGAGGCACCUUCACUUGGUUGGGCGUCUAUGGAGUAAACCAAUCAACCAUCCAGAGAUGCAUCUCUUGCAAAACAGAAGGUCAUGCACGCUGGGCUCUGUAUCUGAAUCUGCUGGGUCUGUGGAUCAUUCUGUUCUGUGCUGUGGUUUCUGGUCUGAUCAUGUAUGCGUUUUACUCUCGCUGUGACCCCUGGUCGGCUGGAUUGGUCUCUGCUCCAGACCAGCUCAUGCCAUAUUUUGUGAUGGAAAUUCUCGGUGCGUUUCCAGGACUGCCAGGCUUAUUUGUCGCGUGUGCGUUCAGUGGAACGCUGAGCACAGUAGCUGCCAGUAUCAAUGCUUUGGCCACGGUGACGUAUGAGGACUUUGUGAGCCAGUGUUUUAAAGAUCUGUCCAACCGAGCGGCCAACUGGAUCAGCAAAGCUCUGUGUGUGGUGUUUGGUGUGGCCUGCACUACUAUGGCCGUGGCUGCAUCAUAUAUGGGAGGAAUUGUGCAGGCGGCCCUCAGUAUCCACGGCAUGUGCGGCGGCCCAAUGCUGGGCCUGUUUUCUCUGGGAAUCCUGUUUCCUGUCACUAAUCUAAAGGGGGCAGUUGGGGGUCUGACCGUGGGCAUCGCUCUCUCGUUCUGGGUCGGUGUGGGGGCUUUCAUUUAUCCAGCACCCAGCAAUAACACACGUCCACUCGAACUCAACACUGCAGGCUGUAACUUCAAUCUCACAGCUGAUGGAUCCAACCAGACAUCAGUCACUGCGAGCGCUCUCACCUCUGACAGGUAUUGGCUGGCUGAUUCAUGGUACUCCAUGUCCUAUCUGUACUAUAGUGCAGUGGGCUUUAUUGGCACUGUAGCAGCAGGUCUACUCAUCACACUGCUGACGGGGCCAAUGGAUCCCAAAAAGAUAAAGCCAGGACUGACUCGAUCAAUGAAGGACGUCAUCUGCUUCUGCUCUGAUAAAUCCAGGCACACAGACUUUAGUGAAGACAAAGAGGAUUUGGGAGACUUUGGCAUGGCAUGGGAGAAACAUACAGACACGGAAGGUGUUAUAAAAAUGGAGGAGAAGGUCAAGAGCGAUAACGAUAACCUGCAUGAAAACGGUUACACUAAUGCCGCUUUUGACCAUAAUGAAACUAGUCAAGUUCAAGCAAAGCUUUAACUUGUUGACGUUGGUCACAUAAAAUGUUCAAUGAAGUCAAAGAAUGCAUUAACUAUUUAAUUUAAAAUAUACAAUUACAGAAAAGUGAGAUCCAACUCUGUUACAGACUUUUUUUUUUUUUUUGUACAAUUCUUGUAUGCAUACUGUUGCUUGCUUAACAUGUAAACAAGGGUGAAGAAGGAGUCACAUUAAUAGCCUUUAUAUCAUUACUAUAAACAAUAAAAUCAUGU